AUGGCGUCGCAUUCCCUGGGACUUUCGCUGCACGAGGCGGCUCGCCGCAUGGGCGUUCCCUUUACGUUGGAGAACGAACCCGUUGACCGUUUCGUCGAGGUCAAUGGCAUCAACCUGCAUUAUCUGGAAUGGGGGAACACCGACCGCCCCACGAUAUUGAUGCUGCACGGGAUCAGCCAGCAGGCCCACAGUUGGGAUUUCAUAAGCCUGCCGCUGUCGGUGGAUUACCGGGUGAUUGCGCUGGAUCAGCGGGGGCACGGCGACAGCGACUGGUCACCGAACGGGUACUACUCCACCGACAUAUACGUGGGUGAUAUCGAAGGGGUCGUCGGCGCGAUGGGGUUGGAAAAUUUUCACCUGAUGGGGCAUUCCAUGGGGGGACGCAACAGCCUGGCGUGGGCAUCUGGACGACCGGGGGUCCUGAAAUCGUUGACGAUUGUGGACACCGGCCCCGAAACGCAGCGGGCCGGGGCCAGAAUCGCAUCCAGCAGUUUCGCGAGCUGCCUGAUGAACUCGACACGCUGGAUGAAUUUGCCUCUCGGGUGA